GAAGCAGUAGCAGCAGCGGCAGUCCCGCCGCCGUAGCCAGAGUCGCCCGCCUCAGUCCCCUGCGCUCCCCCGGCCGGGGCAGGAGUCCCAUGUCCCGCAAGGCCAGUGACCAUGUGGAGUACACGUUGCGGAGCUUGAGCAACCUGAUGGGCGAGAAGCGGCGGCGGCAGGCGGAGGGGUCCGCCGGCUCGAGCGCGGCGGCGGCGGCUGCGGCGGCGGGCGAGCGGAGCCUCAUCGCCGCCGAGUCGUGCUCCAGCCUCAACAGCGCGGCGUCAGGCGGGGACCUGGAGCGGGCGGCGCGGCGGCAGUUCCAGCAGGACGAGACCCCCGGCUUCGUCUACGUGGUGUCGGUCUUCUCCGCCCUGGGGGGCUUUCUCUUCGGCUACGACACCGGCGUGGUGUCGGGGGUCCUGCUCCUCCUGAAGAGGGAGCUCAACCUGGACUCGCUCUGGCAGGAGCUGAUCGUCUCCAGCACGGUGGGCGCCGCCGCCCUGUCCGCCCUGGCCGGCGGUGUCCUGAACGGGCUGUGCGGCCGGCGGCCCUGCAUCCUGCUGGCCAGCGGCCUCUUCAUAGCGGGGGCCGGCGUGCUGGCGGCCGCCCGCGACAAGGAGACCCUGCUGGGGGGACGCGUGGUGGUGGGGCUGGGCAUCGGUAUAGCAUCUAUGACUGUGCCAGUGUACAUCGCAGAAGUUGCUCCACCACACUUAAGAGGCAGAUUAGUCACCAUUAACACUCUGUUCAUCACUGGAGGGCAGUUUUUUGCAAGUGUCGUUGAUGGAAUCUUCAGCUACCUCGCGAAGGAUGGAUGGAGGUACAUGCUGGGCCUCUCAGCUGUUCCAGCAGUUAUACAGUUCUUUGGAUUCCUGUUUCUUCCUGAAAGUCCUCGCUGGCUCAUUCAGAAAGGCCAGACUCAGAGAGCACGGAGAAUCCUGUCUCAAAUGCGUGGCAACCAGGCAAUUGAUGAAGAAUAUGACAGUAUCAAAAACAACAUUGAAGAAGAAGAAAAAGAAGUUGGAGCAGCUGGACCUGUGAUCUGCAGAAUGCUAACAUACCCUCCAACUCGAAGAGCCUUAAUUGUGGGUUGUGGUCUGCAGAUGUUUCAACAACUGUCAGGGAUUAACACCAUCAUGUACUACAGUGCUACCAUUUUGCAGAUGUCAGGAGUUGAAGACGAUAGGCUUGCAAUCUGGUUGGCUGCACUGACAGCUUUUAUAAACUUCAUUUUUACUCUAGUGGGAGUCUGGCUCGUUGAAAGAAUGGGUCGCCGGAAACUUACACUUGGUAGCUUAGCAGGUACUGUUGUAGCAAUCCUUAUCCUAGCUUUGGGAUUUUUGCUAUCAGCUCAGGCCUCGCCAAGGAUAACACUUACUCCAUCAGAUCCUUCACAUCAAAACUCUACCUGCACAAAAUACAGUUAUUGCCAUGGAUGUAUGUUAGAUCCAGACUGUGGUCUCUGCUACAAAUUUAAUAAAUCAAGCGUUGUUGAGUCCUCAUGUGUUCCUGUUGAUAAAGAUUCUACGACGAAAGCAGCUUGGGGCAGGUGUUCAAAUGAAACAGCAUUCAAAAAGGAAGGUUUGUUUUGGGCAUACAAUUUCUGCCCCACUCCAUACUCUUGGACAGCACUUUUGGGCCUUAUUUUGUACUUAGUUUUCUUUGCACCUGGGAUGGGCCCUAUGCCCUGGACUGUCAAUUCUGAAAUUUACCCACUUUGGGCUAGGAGUACAGGAAAUGCGUGUUCCUCUGGAGUCAACUGGGUUUUCAAUGUGCUUGUGUCACUGACGUUUCUGCAUAUGGCUGAAUAUCUGACAUACUAUGGAGCCUUCUUCCUCUACGCAGGGCUUGCUGCCUUGGGACUGGUUUUCAUCUAUGGCUGCCUUCCUGAGACUAAAGGGAAAAAACUAGAGGAAAUUGAGUCUUUGUUUGAAAACAGGCUAUGUACAUGUGGUAUGUCGGAUUCUGAUGAAGGGAGGUAUAUUGAAUAUAUUCGGGUGAAGGGAAGUAAUUACCAUCUUUCUGACAAUGAUGCUUCUGAUGUGGAAUAAUUUUCAGCUGCUGGUGUAUUUAAUCAUUUAAAAGCCUUCUGGGGGAAAAGCAGCUCUCUGAUGACCUCACUGCCCUGCUUCUGGUCUGGUUCUCCUUUCUACUGUCUAGUUAAAAAUGCCUUCAUGUUCAAAAAUGCUCCAUUUGGGAGGAUAUUCAGAAUGCUAGUGUUUUCUUGAUAACUCAAAGCAAUGGCUUCUAAAAGAGACUGAAUUCCACAAUUAUGUGAAUUCACCAUGUGUGUGCAACACUGCACCAUCCCGAGGUAGUUAGUAGGGUGCACUGCACCAGACAAAUAAAGAAGGCUAUCCUAGAUGGUCAGUGGUGGUCCUUAUCUUCAAUAGUGACAAGGGGUACAGAGUGACUAAUCAGAAAGCAGCCGUUUGUUGGAUCCCUAUGCCACAGCAGCCUGGGAAAUAGCUCUGCUGUGCAAUCCAACAGAUGACGAGUGCAUAAGCUGCUGCAGUGGUAACCAUUGGAAAGGUGUAACUGAUUAAGAACAUACAAAUACCUGCUAUGUCUAUGGAGGGAACACUUACCAGAUUUGUCCCAAGAGAAUUUCCAUUUUCAUUUAUUUGAGAUAACAAGUAGAGAGCUAUACUUGCCUGAGGGGAGCUUCACUAGGGUAGGUGUUACACCGGGUUAUCUUGCCACUGCUGCUCUCAAGUACACUCUGCAGUCAGGAGUUAGUGUUUGUGAGAGAAGCUGCCAAAAUUAACUACCUAACAGCAGGAAAACAGAGCUAAGUGUGUGUCUACACGUACAAAUGGACUGGUGUUUAUGGCUGGGUACAACAUGGAGGCUUCAGUUAAUUGGGAAAAAAAUAAUUUUGUUUUCCUUUUUGCAUUUGAACAUUUGGGUCUGGGCCUGGCUUUGAACACAAAAUAUCAUGAACUGAAAGAAAGAAAAGGAGGGGAGGUGUUUUGUUCUGCUAAACGCACAGUGGUCAUCCCUCCUGCACCUUUUGCUCAUGAAUAAUCAUACUGCCUUCAGUUUAUCUUCAUAUGUGCAGAUUAGAUGAAUGCCAGCACAUUCUUCUUUCAAAUGCCCUUAGUCAACCAGUGUCUUGCUGGAUCUAAAGAGAAGUAUUAGCAGUGGGCAGAAGCCUACAUCUCAUGUUAAUUGCCUUACUGAAGCAUUGCAAAAUUGUCAAGAAAAUGUCAGGCACAAAAAUCAACUUGGCUGCCUUUAGCAUGGUAAUGAAAAUGUGAACGGGUUUUUAUUCACCUGCCAUGAUUGCUUGCCUUGGAAAAUUGAAUUUUAUGCAGUUACAUACAAAUAUGAUGUUAUUUUUUUUCCUCGCCCUGCCCUUGCUGCUUUAAGCCUUCAGAGAUACGAGUUUGAAAGCAUCAGCAGUUCAAAUUCGUAUCUUUGAAACAUUUGCUUCAUGAAAGAAUGUGGAAAACCUCCUCUGCCUGUGGGCUGCCCCCCCAUUCAUUUGGUAAAAGUACAUUCAUUUUUCAUUGUGUAAAGGUUAAAGAAGUUGUUUGGUUCAUUAGCUUUUAUAGAGCUGCUCUGUGGGCUUGUCUUCAGUUGAAAAACACUUCAAAUGUAGGAUUACUAUCAAAACUGAGACUGGACAUUUGUUACUAAAUUACUUUAAUUCGAUAAUGUUGGGUUUUGUUGUAAAGAACUCUGACAUUAUGUUAUCUGAGCUUCUGUGAGAGGUGUGCUUACUCUCCAGUUACUGACCUUCAGCAACUGGCUGUAUUUUGUGUUACUGCCUUUUUUACUUCAUUAGUUGAGGAAAUAUUUUUGGAGAGAAAAUCUUUUAAAGCAUUCUGUGACUUGACGGGGAUUAAAAAGGGAAAACAGAGUCGAUAGAGGGAAUUUCAAAUGAAUCGCUGCCAAGAGUGGCUCGACCUUAAACAUCAGCUUGAGCAGCGAGGGGGCUGGAUUCUCACACCUUCCAUCUUGCCUCCCCUUGAAGCGCACAAUAUCUCUGUGCUUGAGAGCACAAGCUGUUGCAAACACUCAGGUCUUCAGACCUGUCUACGAAUGCACCCGCCACAGGAUGCCUCUGUUAGGCUGUCACCUCUUUGAAGCCUUCACAGAAGUUGCAGAAUGUGAAAUGAGAAAAAGGGAUACGUGGCACAGUUUUAAGGGAAAAUUUGUUUCUUCCUAAAUCCAACAAAUAUGUAUUUGAAGAUCCUGUUUUGGAGCAGUUUUGUUACCCAGAACAGCAUGAAUAGGUGUGUAACACCCAACCUGUGCUCAUAUGGUUGAUAGGUUUAAGUGAGUGUUUACUGGCUUUUGAGAAUAGGGCUUUUGGUUCUGAUCCCCUCAAAAUCACAAGCCCACACUCACUGUUACACCUAUGAACGUUCCCUUGCGUGAUGUGUAUUGCUGGAGCAGGGCACAAGCUGGGGAUUGUCCCUGUGCCAGCACAGUGGUAGUGCUGACCUCAAGCUUCGUUGCACUUGUGUCCACAGGUAGAGGAAACCACUGCACUUAUUGGGCAUAACCAAAGGAAAGUCACUAGAAAGAUCACUGUCACAAGGUCAGCCUUUUCUGUUUUGCAGGCGGUGCUGCGGCUUUUUAGCAGCAGAAGAACAUCUCUCUUUGCCAGCCCUGUUUCACAGAUGCUCUCGGGAGUGGCCCUCGGCUAUGUACAGCACUGGGCCCGUUUUCUCACAUGAGUUCAGUCUUACUGAAAGCAGUUUUCUGAAGGUUUGCAUCCCCUACCCUUUUUCUAGAGGCAAAAUGAUUGAAACUCGCGCAUUUUAUUCAUCAUUGCUAUUGGCUAUGAGGGUGCAAAGUAAAUUAGGUUCUUGAUUGUUGCUCCCCCUUUCCCGCGCGCAGAGUUGGGUUUAAGUCUUCCUUUCAGGGUUGCUUUACACCAAGACAAUAUUCCAUACCUUAGAAACGCUGAACUGAGUAUGAAGCAUCAUGUGUAAUACAAAUGAGAUCAAAUACUUCAAAUAAGUCUUAGCAAUUAGGGUUUUAUUUUUAGAAUCUGUGAAAAUUUAUAGUGUAUCAAGAAAAUUAAAUGUUUCUAUUUUGCAAAGAUUUUUAUAUUUGUGCAUAUUUUAAGUUUUGAGAGAUUUUUGCUAAAGGUAGACUUAGUAACAUUCCAGAUAAAAGAAUAAUACUACAGGGUAGCUGAAUAAUUUCUUAUGGCAGGAUUUUAAUUUAUGAAGUAAAUCAUGUGUCUAAGCACAAUAUCAUUUUAUUGAAAGCUUUCUGCAGAAGAUGUGCAUUUGUUUCUUCACAGAGACUGCACACUUAAUUCAGGUAUUCUGUGCAUCAGGAGUGCUGGAGUAAUGCUGGUAGAGUUGGACACAUUUAUACACAACACUGAUAUUUCAGUUCUGAUUGAUCUACCGACUCUUCAUGUUGUGAUCUAACAGCAAGGAUAAAGGAAACAAGUCCUGAUGCAUUUUUAAUCUUUUAAAAUGUAUUUCACAUUAAUUCAUAUAUAGUAGUUUGCUCACCAUGUUGAAAUUCAAAGUGUUGGGGGGACGUUGAGAUAAUUUGCCACUUCUUUCUUCCCUGUGUCACUUUGCUGAUCAAAAUCAUCUUAACAAGAGAAACAAACCUGUUCGCAAAAUAGGCAUAGAAACAAAGCAUGGCCCAGGACUCAUUUGGAGAGCUGAACUGCAUUGCUAUACAUGCACCUUAGGGAUAUGGUAGAUGUUGCUACCUUGUGAGUUGCAGUGACAGCCCUGUGAGAAAUUUUGGGUCUAGAGCACAUACAUCCUGAGGAUCAUCGUUCUGACUUAUUUUGGCAAGAAUUGGUAAAUUUAGCAUUUCACUGGUGCAGGAGUUAGGGUUGGAAGGCAAAAAGAAAGAAAUGAUGUGUUAAAAGCCCCACAAGGUCAUAUUUCAGUAGAGACUGGUGUCAUAGCCAAGAGGAGCAGUCUCUGGCUUGUCUCCCAUGUGGGAGAAGGAUGGUGGGAACAAGGGACUGUCCUUGGUCCUGUGGAUGGGAGCAGGAGAACUGACAGUCUAAUGGGGGAGAAGCACACAAGUGCUCCUCUCCCUUGCCUACACAGAGGUGAGAAUGUGGCAAUGGAAUUUGCAAAGCUAGUGCUUGUUACCUUGGUGAAAUCUUUUGCCUUUCUUAGUCAUUUGUGUUGAGCACUGGGGAGAAGUUCAGACUUCCAGGGGCUGCCAGAGGCUCUGAGCAAAGAUCUUUCCUUCACCCAUGAGGGUGUUGGGCACAGUCCCACAGGUACACAGUAGGCUAAUAGAAGAUGGACCCUGUAUUUGUCAGCUUUAUACCCAGCUUUCUACUUAAUGUCAGUUCUCUUCUAACGUGGUCUUCUUGACAUUUUACUUGUACUUACGUAAAAGGGUUUGUUACCUGAGAGAGAGAGAGAGAAAAGGAGAAACAGGCAGUCUUCACAGCACAGAGAUCUCGGGGUAGAAAUCAAGGCAGAAGAGGCAGUUCUGUAAAGCACUUUUGAGAGUAAGAUGUUUGUGCACUUUUUUCUGAGAGAGUCAAGCUAACCAAACCCAUUCCUCUGCGUUGGGUAGAAAAUCAAGCUUUGUGUACCAGGCCAGAAGCAGAUAAUGCCACAAUAUGUGCUUUAUGGCAAAAUGUGUUUUUAUUGCGGGUACCAUUUACAGCUUACAUGUAGCUGCUGCCUAUGAAGUGACUCAGUCGUUCUCUGGAUUUUAAUGAGUCACAUUUUUGUGCAAAAAUCUUAGUGGUUUUCUAUCGAUCUCCAUCACCUUGUAUACAGUACAGUUAAGCAUAAUCCACAAAGUGGUCUAGGUUGUGGCAGUGUUACAAAUGUCAGCACAGUAAAAUCUAGGUGAACAUUGUUAAAGAAAUAUUGUUGUUUGUGAUAUUGGGGGUUAAAACUCCUUAAAGGCAACUAUAUAUAGAUUUUAAAAGUCUGAAAAAAUGGCAGUUCUUAUCUAUUUUGUGUAUGUUUUCAUAUAGAGAAGGAGUUUUUUAUGUGCCAAUAAUCAUCACUGUAGUGUUUUGUAAAUGGGUGUUAAUAGUGUUCCAGAGUUCUGUAUAUGAGAAUAUACUCUAGCCACAAUACCUGUUAGUGUGAACAGAGCAGCAUGUUUUUAACCGUCCUCACGCCUCUUCACCAGAGGUGCUCGCUCAUCAGCUUCAGUAGAGCUCACUCACUCCAGGGGAAGUUCGACCACCAUCAGGCCUCAAGAAUACAGAUUUCAUCUAAAUCCCCACUUUUUCACAUUGUCCUUCAAUGGUUUGUUACAUGUGAAUGAUCUGGCAUGUGUAAUUAUAAAGCUUGAACUCCAGUUGUAGUCCUCUAUUCUGUUGAGAUAGUUUGUCAAAAUUUGGUUUGGCUUUCCAUUGCAUUUAUGUCAGUAUGGGGCACACUGGUUAAUCAGGAAUAUUGUCCACCUGUUUCUAAAGGAAACUUUCAUUUCUGAGAUGUUAAAAUAAAGGCAAUUGUCUCUCGCUGCCUUAAACAUUACAUGGACUUUAGAGAGGACUGAAUGUAUGACCAUCAUCGUGACUUCUGCAGGAGAAACUUCCUGGGUCCUCAGCAGCUGUGAUACGAGUCAGUUUUGUGGUGCUGGGAUGCUGCGUUACACCACAGGCCCUGCCUCUGGCACGCCUGCCAGCUGUUCGAUUUUAAGUGUUCAAGUAGUCCCCGCGAAAUCAAUAAGAUUAUUCAUAUGCUUGAUCCUCUCCAUGCAUUCAAUGUUCUGCUGGUCCAGGGCAUUGCUGGGAAGUGGCACGAGUCACAUCUCUGCUCUCCAUCAUAAAUCUCACACCCCUACAAAACCACCGAUCAGUUUUAGUCUAUGUAGAAAAUUUUAGACAUUAUUAGAGACCAAAUGGAUAGUAAUAAUGCCAUGUUGAGUAAGAACAUGCACAUGGUGCCAUCAGGCAUACUGUAAUCCCUGGGUGCAUGUUAUGGUAUUCAGUAUAAAACGGGUUUUGGCAAAACUAAUCGCUGGGCUGUCCAAGUUACUUCUUAACCAUGUCAAACAUGUGCCAUUUCCUUUUGCAACCAGUCAAGCCUACAAUGUAUGAAAGUGGUGUACAUUUUCUGGAACUUAAGUGAUGUAAAAUUAUUCAACUGACUUCUGAUUGCUUUAAUGAAGUUUGGUCUUUACAUGAAAAUAAAUAUCUUCAAAGAAUUGUCAGUGCCAGAAGUGUAAAUGAACAAAAUAAAAAGUGAGAUACUUAAUAACAGAA